CAGUGCUCAGCGCGAAUGGAUUUUCGGCACGUGUGAAACAUUGAAGCACGCGACUAGCGCGCGGUAAUAUCACGCUAUCGUUCUUCUUACAGAGAACGCGCUUUUAGAUGGUUGUGUGUGUGUGUGUAUGUGUGUUGGCAGAAGAUGUAAUGGAGAAACUGCCUCGAUAAGUGAAAAAGUUGUCGGUUCAUCAAAUUAGGGCACCCCAUCAACGCGAAUUUUUACUUUAAAUUUAUAUAGAUACAUAUUUUCUAUAUUACAUCUAGAAGCUGACGGAAGAAGAAAAAAAAAACAGCAUUAGAACACGAUUUUAUCGAAAGAAAAGUACGCGAAUUAGGGAACGUUCUCGAAAUAUCUGUAUGUAAAUAUGUAGUUUUUUUCUUUCAACUCGAGAUUCGAACCGCAAGCUGUUUAUUUCAGGUAUUGUAAGAUAUCUUUUUGAGCAGCUCAGUAUAAAAACCAAGUGCCGGUUCUUUAAUUCAGUAUAAACAGGAAUUAUAAGUUGAUAUUAAAGUAACCUAAUGCUAUUGUAUAAAGUGUUGAGGAAGAUGUAAUUAGUUUAGCAAGGGAAUAUUUAAGUUAUCCCUCAUUUACUGCUAUGAAUAAUGGAUUGAAAAGCAUUGAAAGUUUCAAGCGUUUUUGGUUAUUGAUUUUGUGUGGAAGUAUUUCGAUGAUUCUAGAGUUCGAAGCAACGGGUUUGAACUGAGUGUGUAAAAACCAUUCACAAAUCCACAAUAUAAAACGACUGAUUGUUUUCCAAGUUAAGAAUGUCAAAUAAAAGUGGAUUUUGAACCAGUAGAGAGGAAAUUCUACUAACCAGUCUAAAGCUGGAAAAAUUUAUUUUCGACAAAUUAUCAUUACAUUAAUAUAUAUAUAUUUCCUAUGACAUCGUUACUUCAUUUAGGUAACACUAUGGAGAAUUUAUACUGGUAUUCUACACAAAUUUGAUAUAUUCUCCUGAAGAAUCCACUCAUCUAUAUAUGUACAUAAUAGACGGCCGCUCCUUUUAUUGUCACUGAAGAAACUUUGACUUGUCUUCAAGAAUGCUGUAUAGGUUCGUUUUGGGAGUAUCGAGAUAUUGCCAUUGUCAUUUAUUCCAGAUUUAAUUUUGCAGUAUAGGAGCAUGUUUGUUGUGUUAGUUUUGUUCUAGAAACACGUGGAUUGAUUAAUGUUUAUCAACUCAAUAACAUUAUCUGAUCCAAGACAUCUGAUUCAAAUGUGUGAUCUUCAUUCAGUUAGGAAGGAACUUCAUCAUUAGCUUGGUUAAGGAAUAACCACUUUCGUCUUAUUUAUAAUAUUCUCGUAAUUUAAACGAUAAAAAAAGCCUUUCAGUAUGCUAAAGAAAGACCGGCCAACUUUGACCGUGACCUCUUUGCUUUAUGGGCCCGCACCCACAGCCUCAAAUGUCAACUGGAUACAGUCAUCUGGGUUUGCACAGUUCACAGGACCUGGACUUUCCGGUAAUAUUUCCCCAGUUAACAGUGGUCAGGGCUCUUCUCCGGGCUCAGUGGUGACCUCUGGAGGAAAUUCAGGGAAUGUGACGAGCAGUUUUUCACCAGCAGGAUAUCCUGGCAUUGUUCCACCAAGCUCCCCUGUUAUUUCGUCACAGCAAGACUCCCGCUAUCUUCCAACACAUCCACUGUCUGGAUCUAAACAUUUGUGUUCAAUAUGUGGAGAUCGAGCGUCUGGAAAACACUAUGGCGUUUAUAGUUGUGAAGGAUGUAAGGGAUUCUUCAAACGCACUGUACGAAAGGAUCUGACCUAUGCUUGCAGAGAAGAUCGAGAAUGCAUUAUUGACAAGCGUCAGAGAAACAGGUGUCAAUACUGUCGCUACCAGAAAUGUCUGGUUAUGGGAAUGAAACGAGAAGCUCUUUGUUAUUCCUUUCCUUGCCAAAAAGCGGUUCAAGAUGAACGACACCGUAUGAAAGAUAGAAAUGAGAAUGAAGUAGAGAGUACUUGCAGCUCUUCUUGUGACAUUGCUAAAGAAAGAAUAUUAGAAGCCGAACUUCGAGUGGAAGCCAAGAACGAAGAGCUAGACAUGAAUAAAGAGCCGGUAGCUAACAUUUGUAAAGCAGCUGAUAGACAGUUGCAUCAGUUAGUGGAGUGGGCAAAACAUAUUCCACAUUUUACUGAAUUACCUCUAGAAGAUCAGAUGGUACUUCUUAAGGCUGGUUGGAAUGAGCUUCUUAUAGCUGCAUUUUCGUUUCGGUCCAUUAAUGUAAAAGAUGGGAUAGUUCUUGCUACAGGAUUAGUGGUCCAAAGAAAUAGUGCCCACAGUGCUGGAAUGGGUGCCAUCUUUGAUCGUGUUCUUAAUGAACUAGUGGCAAAGAUGAGAGAAAUGAAGAUGGAAAAGACUGAGCUGGGAUGCUUGAGAGCUAUUGUUCUUUUUAACCCAGAAGCCAAAGGGUUAAAAUCCGUUCAGUACGUCGAAACUCUGCGAGAAAAGGUGUAUGCUGCCCUAGAGGAUUACUGCAAACAGAACUACCCUGACCAACCAGGCCGAUUUGCAAAGCUGCUGCUGCGCUUGCCAGCUCUCCGUAGCAUUGGCCUUACUUGUUUGGAACAUCUGUUUUUCUUCCGUCUGAUUAGCAACACACCUAUUGAUGAUUUUCUGAUGUCAAUGCUGGAAGCACCAAAUGACCCCUGACAACUCUUCUCUGGUACACCAAGGUGUUUUUCUUACUACUGCCAUCUAGCAUUUGCGACUUUUCUUGCCAAAUUGUUUAUUGUUGUUCCAUAAAGUGGGUGAAGGCUGGAAUAGAGUGUCACAGACAGAUAAAAAUAAUUAAUAGAUUUUCCCCAUUAGUUUUAUAACAUAAGUCUUGGUCUUUUAAAAUAUGGCUAUUAAAACAAAUGUAUAUGGCUCAAGAAGAUGCUUGCUGUUUCCUUUUUAUUUUAUGAUCACAAAAAAAACAUUGAUAAUUUAACCCUGUGAUUUACAGAAACUGACUUAUAGGUCAUUUUAGUUAAUUAAGUAUUUUGUGAUGUUUUUAGAGGAGAAUACACAUCCAGCUUCAUCACAGGAAAGUUUAACUCACCCUGUUGUUUGUUUGUCAUUUUCAUUGUCUGAUUGGUAAGAAAUUAGUAACACCUUUAAAAGAAUAGCUGUAUUUUAUUAUUUGUGAAACUUUUCUCAUGAUAGUCAGAUUUGUUUCAUAUUUCCAGUGGCUUUAAUCUUCUUGAAAUGUCAUGUUAAGGCCAUAGAAUGAGUGGACUCAUUAUCAAGAUCAAGAAUAAAUAUACAAAAUAUUAAAAUGGGGUUUCUAUCUUGGGUGAACAGAGGUAACAUUGGUAAUUAUUGAAGAUUUUGUUAUAUGAUUUUUGUUAGUAUUUCCUAAAUGGGUAUAUAGGAAAAAUUAGAAUAGUUUAAUAGAAAAUUACAAGUGCUAUUACAAACAAACGUAUAAUGAUAAAGUGAAUGUUAUAAAAUCACAAAGAUAACAAAUGAUCUGAAUUUGUAACAAUGUAUAAAGGAAAUAAUAUUUUUGAUUUAACUUAAGAAAAAAAUCAAGUAUGAAAAUAGAUUUUCUAGUGUUUGAGAUUUAGCAUUAAACACUACUAUGGUUUAAUUGGUGAAAGUUGGCUGAGAAUCAGAAACCAAUAAGCCUCAACUUUUUAUUAAUGUUUACAUGACUUUUAUCUAAAAUUGUAGGUCUAUUGAAUACUAAUACAUACUUAGGAUCUCUGAAAGAUAAAGACAAUCAGCAUUAGUAAUAUAAAAAUGAGUGCAGAAGUUAUAUUCAUUAUAUUUAAAGAAACAAAGAUUUUUUAUAAUUCGGGAUAAAUUGUUUCAAAUUGUCAGUUUGUGCUUCAUCUUUUCUCAGUCACUUGGAUAUUAAGCAGCUUUUUUUUUUUCUAUCAGAAAUAAUUUAAAUUGUUUGAGGAAAAAAGGUCAUAUACAUAUAUGAUACAUUUUAGUAUUUGUUCAGAAGAUAUUGAUUAAUAACAAAACUUGCAGGUUGUGGCCAUCAUUAUGUGUGUUAAUACCCAAAUAAAGAUAUACAUAUAUAUCUGUAUAAACAAUUUAUAAAUCUUAUUAGUACUUCCUUAAAACAAUAUGUACUGUGUAAAGACUUUAUGACUUAUAAAAACUACGAGUAGAUUAUCUACACAAGAUCUUCUGUAUAUGUCCAAUGACUUAAAAAAAUUAUGAUGCAGAUAGAAAACAUUACACCAGUAAGCUUUUCUUGAUAGUAAUCAAUAUUUUUUGAGGAAAAUAACUAAUGAUUAAGAUAAACAACAAUCAAUUACUUGUUUGCAUAAAAUAUUUCAGUUUUAACUACCUUAGAAUUGUACUGAUAUUUUAGAAGAAUUACCAAUAUGAUAGACUUUUCUGUUGGAUACCGUUGAGAGUUAAACAGGAUGAAAGAAAGUUAACUGUUUAAGAUAUAAUAUUCAGGAACCAGGCUUUUGUUUUUAGUUAAUCCUUAUGUCUGUGAUAUAGUAUUGUUUGGCUUGCUGAGUUCAUAAGUAAAGAAAGUACUCGAUUUAAUAUUUUUUUAUUUGUAGUAUUGAAAUGUAGACCAUACUAACAUGCUAUAUUCAUGUUUGUAUAGUGCUACAAUAUCCUCACAUCUAACUUUAAAAUUUUAUCCUUCUGAAGUUUAUAGGGUGUAGUGAGUAGUUCACAGUUGAUAAGAAUGUACUGGUACAAAAUAUAUUAGAUAGAGUUUAGUUUUCAUUCAUGAGGUAGUCUUAUAUACUAUUUUCUACGCAUAAUUUUUAAAAUGUUUUCUGGCUGAAAAAUAAGAUCUUAAAAUGAAUCUUAAAAACAAAAUAUGGUAUGUUCAACACUCACAAACCAAGAUACCACUUUGGCUAUAGAAAAAUUUUAAAAAUCAGUAAAUAAAUUUUAACAUUAGAAAAAAGAAAAGACAAAUAUCACUAUGCUGUUAACUCUUCAGUUGUUGAAAUAUCAUUGAAGAUAUAAGAGCAGCAUAUAGUAAUUUUUUGGAGUAUAUUCAGAAAAGUUACAGGUUUUUACAAGACAGUAAUGUUUCGAAACACUUCCCUAAAUUUUACUAUGAAAACCACAAAGAUUUUAUAUACUUUUACUCAAGUUUCCUGUUAAUUAUUUCCCACAAAAACUGAACUCUAUUUACCUUUUGUUAAAACACUAUCUUGUAAGUUUAAAUUUGAUUGUUAAUUCUUUAAUUUUGAAUUAUUUCAUAAAUGCAUACUGAUUAUGUAAUUAGUUCAUUUGCCAGAAAACAAGUUUUGAUUAGCCAAGUCAUAUAAAUCCCUAUGAAAUAAUAUAAUAGGACAAAAUUUUAAAGUAUUGUGGACUUACUACAGCUAGUAUAUACAGUUCCAGUAGUUAUUUAGCUCUUAACAAGUAUAUAGAGAACUUCAUAUUUAUAUUUUAAUGAUAACUAAGAGCAUAUGUUUUAUGUUUUAAAACUGGUGAAAUCUAGAAUUUUUUGAGCAGU